UUCAAAUUGCGACGUACAUUUCGGGAAGCUACAACUAAUUGUUCAAUUUGUGGAUAUUUGCGUUCCAAAUCUCUACUAUGUCUGCGCCCUGUUGCUGCAAGCGCAAGCUAAAUUCAUGCGGUGAGAUUCGAAGGAAGAUGGAAAAUUACUGCAAAGCGAACCAGAAAAGUGGCAUGAAUACACGAGUCAGACGAGUCAACUACGCUCACUGCUACUAUCAUCGAAAACCACUGACCUGGAAUAUAAGCAGAGCCUACAAAAUCAAUUGACUUCUAACGGACGAAAGGCAAACAAAAUGGGUGAAAAGGAUGUCUAUCAAAUUUGAUGUCAUCGCAAAUCAGGAAAACCAGAAAAGCGUUCUGUUUCGGCUAAAAACAUGGCCCGUUCGAACAUUGCAUUCACUGUAGCAUCCGAAAGAUCCCUAGCUCUCCGCGCCCAAGCUCACAUACCCGUUAAUAAAAUUAAACCUAGCUGGCGAAAAAACAUGAAAAAAUGCUCUAGAAAUAUGCUAAGGCUCAAGAAUUAGAAAAGCAGAAUAUUUUGAUGCAGAAUCUAAACAAGAAACGUGAGUCACUGAACAAGUUAAAAAAAAAAUGUUAUGUUAAACAAGGCUCAGACCGUUCGUAAAAGCCAAAAGAAGGACAACCCAUAUUGCAGCCCCUUAAAAGCAGUGACUUCUGACCCUCGUCAAAAAAAAUAAAAUAACGUCUUCUGAAUAUUUCGACCAUUCGUUGCUUAAGCAAGUUUCCAAAGAAAGACUAACUAGCAAGGACUUAAAGCUGAUCAAACGAGUGCACACUUCCUUUGGCAUUUACCAGAGGAGCAAAGGGCAGGAAAGGAGCAGGGAGGCUCAAAGGGGCUCACAACAUUUCGGCCCAUUGCUUGAAAGGACUGCUGCUGUGGGGCCCGCCUUGCAUUCUGUUUUGAAGAGCAUGCACAAAUUGGAGGUUUCCAGGCCCAACGUAAAAUCGAUUCAGCACACAGAUCUUUUUAAUGAUAUGCUUAUGGGUAAGGCCGUCAAGUUUUCCAAGCUUAAUCCGCUUCUUAAGUCUUCUCAACGCUUAAAAAUUACAUUACCGAAAGAAAAUAAAGCGAUUAGUAAACAAAGUGGAAGAAAAUCUACCAAUGUCCGACCCAAAUUUUCGUGGGGAAUCAGGGAAAAGAUCAGGAACUGGCAAAGCACCGGAAAUAGGACCUUUAAAGAUCUAAAAAAAGGCAACUGUGUUGAAAUGUCAGAACGCAUUCCAGCACUAAAAAGCCGAACUCAAUUGGGUGCCAAGAUAAAGCAGAAGAGGAGAACUAAAAUGUCUCAACUAAAAAAUAAGCUAGAUCCAAAUUACGGCAUUCGUGCCUCCGAACCCUACAGCCAUACCAGUAUUACUAUUACCAGAAGGCGUCAGACAAAACAAUUCCACGAAAUGCUGAAAGGCGAUCAAACCUUAAUGCCAGAACUGAAGCGGGCAUUGGCAAGCAACUACCGAAUAAGUGCUGCUAAGUAAAGCUCUUAAAGACUCAUCUAGCGAACUAAACCCAGUACCAAAUAAGGGUCAAGACGUCUUAUUGUCGUCGUAUUGUGUCGGCCAAGGAAUUUCGCCUUCCAGGAAGUAAAACGCCAGGAAAGGACUGCCAGGUCUCAAGCACUCAAAUUUCGAUCUAGUUCAUACAGUGACUUCGAUCAGUUUUCGCUUAAGACAAAUCGGCAAACAAAAAUCCAUGCCAGAUCGGAAAAUAAUUCACCAAAUGAACUUAAAGAAUCCGAUUUCCUACAUGUCUAGCGAGAAAAGUUUUCUUUAUCAGAAGACACCAAGUGUAACUUCAUCGGAUAAAAGCCAGCGAACUUUCGGAUCUGUAAUAAGCACAACGGAUAUGGUCCUGUCUGUGCUACCGAGACGAAAGAGGGAGGAAAACAAGAGCUUCGCAGCCACGGAUACAGACAAAAACUUGUUUGACACUUUUCCGGAGAACCACGAUGUGCAAGAUGACAUAAAGAAUAGCACCUUGGGGUCGGUGCGCGACGAGGUCAAGACCCGGGAGAGCCUGGCACUCAGAGAUCUGGACUUGCGGGAACAGUGGCGACAGACUCUUUACGCUGAGGAGCGGGCCUUUGUACAGGGACGCAUCCAGGAGCUGAUGAAGAAGGUGGGCAUACGCAAGGACUUUCGACCCCCGAAACCCGAACGGGAUUUUGUGACGGAGAACAUUCAUAGGCUUCGUAAUAUACAGCCGACGAAAAGAUCACACUUUGAGGAAAAGGUGAAACCGCGAGGGAAGCCUUGAGUGAAGUUUUGAGGGUGCCCGAAGACCCUGUAAAUCUUUCAAGGGAAGAUCCCAAGAAGGGAUCUCCAACAAGUAUUUCCAGGCGUGCCCCGAGGAGUUUGACUCACCAAUGGAUUUUUUGAAGCAGAUAAUAAUGCGUCUAUGCUCUGAAAGGUUGUGGAGAGGACAAACUAGCCCUCAUCAAUCGGAGAAUACAGAAUCUCCUUCCGAACAAAACGUUCGUGGUAUACCUUGGAAAAAAAAGCGUAGCGGCUGCCUCUGAGGCUUGGUUAAAAUCUAUUAUUUAAAUGUUUUCAUUCGUUCACUGCUAAUAUCACUCUUUUUCAUUAGGAAUUCACCAAUCCUACUUUGAUUUGAUGUAAAAAGCAAUGAACUUUAAUAGUAUACGCAGAACGCAUUUCAGCUCGUGGUCGCUAAAUUUGAAGUUUGAAGCCAUAGCUCGACAAGACCAUUCGAACCCAUGCAAAACACUUUUAUUUUAAUUUUAGUUUAAACAGAACAAAAUUUCGUCAUCGCUA